AUGCCCGCUGCAAGCCAAGAACAUUAUAUCGCUACUCGUACUGCCAAUUAUAAUUUGGGAAUGGGGGAGGAUUCUUCGAAUAAGCCAAGUCUCAAAACCCGUCUGGCACGCAUUUUGAAGCCGAAUCCUUCAAGUCAACGCGUGUCGAAAAAGCCAGUGGAACGGACCGGCAAUGAGACGAGAAAUAUUUCUACUGGUGGCAAUUAUCAAAAUCAAGGCAAUAGACGGCCGUCUCCGGAAUCGGAAUACUCUUCUCAUGUUGAUAUUCAAACCGGCGAGCGACGUGAUGAUACCGAAUUGUUGCAUAGCUUGGCCGAUCACGGCUUCUUUAGCUCUUUAACGUCUGAGCCUGAGUCCAACCCAAGAUGGCGAGGAGCAGAUUCCGGAGCCGGUGACCAGCUAAUAGCUAGCUUACCGAACGAUAUCUGGGAGGUCAUCACCGGUUAUCUCUCCCUGGCUGAUGUUGCUAGUCUUGCUUUCUCAUGCAAGACCCUCCGAUAUCAACUUGGGCCUGAACCAUGGAAAACCCUGCAGGAUCCGGAUAAUCGAGCAUCUAAGAUUGAUUUCUUAGUUUCUUUGGACAGUUCCCUUCCUAAUCAUAUAUUCUGUUAUCCUUGUUUGAUUUACCAUCAUCGAACUCGCAAGGGACAAGAGCGCUUGAAGGCCUCUCUCGCUCUGGCUCCAAUCUUCGAUUGCCCGAAUGCCCUCGAACCCACCACAGUACUGUUAAGGCUGCGACUCACUUCUGACCACACCCUUCCAUUUACUUUUGUCCAGCUUGCGCUUCGAGCCUGCCAUUAUUCGCCAGAUCAUGGCAUAUCAGUUGAAUCUCUUGCCCGGCAUUGGAAAUCCCAUGACAGCGGCUGGUCGCACGAAACGAGUUAUUACUACAAUAAAGGUCACCUGUUACUACGGGUUGUCAGCAAAUCAUUUGCCUCUGCCGGUCUUCCACCAAGUGGAAUGCGUCACCUGCUUUACUCCCGAGAAGAUUAUACGCCCUACUUUUCAGUAUGUGCCCAUUGGAGGGACGGCGAACUCAUGAACCUCUGCAAGUGCGCAUUGAGUCACAUACCGAAGCCCAAAGAAAAAUUAACUCAACAGCUCCGGAAAGGCCCGCAGUUUCAAGCUAGCUUCCAUAAUGCCAACCCUAUUGUCAGCCUGUGCCGAGAGUGUCGGCCCAUGAGACGCUGUCCAGAUUGUCCGACAGAGUACCUUAUCGAUAUCAAACUCGCGGAAGACAGAAAUGACCCGUCGGAUAGGUUCAAGCAGGCUAUUUUGGUAACCAGGUGGUCCGAUCUAGGAGAUGGGUCUACGCCAUUGUCGCCGGAAUGGGCGUCGUGCAAUGGUUGUGCUGAAUUCGACUCUUUUGCUGCCAUUGGAAGACGUACCAUUUCGGGUAUAUUCGAAUCGCAAUCUGGAGUUGCUAUACCCGGGCAAAGAAUGCUAUCUCUAAAUCCAAAUAACAAGAGGCUUGGGGAGGAAGGUCAUAAUUGGUAUUGA